GCAGUCAUUGCUGUCCGAUGUGCAGCGCAAAAGCGGACAUUCAACUCUGUUGCAGACCCUGAGUACCUGACAGAGAUGCAGCUGGUCUCUGGGAAUCCAGACAUCCGCUUGCCAUCACCUCAUACUGUCCAGCGAGAUGUUGAGCGACUCUACGAGGGCAUGGCAGCUCAAUUGACAUCUUAUUUCCAGGUU